UGUUAUUGACCAACAAUCGGAAGCUGUGGGAGGCGUUAAUUCUCUAAAAGUCUUGCAUCAUCCCCGUGACCCUCUUCACAUUUUGUUUUGUGUGAACUGUUAGUUCAAGUUGUUCUCUCUCUUUCCUGCUUAGGGAAUGCAGCCAUUCAAACAAACUGUCUGUUCUCUACUGGCUUAUUUAUAGUGUAAGUCUCUCUCCAGUCUCUCCAAUGCUACUGGGGCUACUGAAUGAGCGGCUAUUUUUAUUUUAAAUUGAACCUUUAUUUAACUAUAGAACACGGCUUAUGUGACAGACAUGGAUUUGGACCUGGGAGGGAUAUUUCUAGAGAAUAGCACCUAUAACUACGAUGAGGACUAUGUUUAUAAAGAGGAAUGCUCCCCUGAAGAUGGCGUUGGGGUGUGUUUUGGCACGGUGUUCCUCCCGAUGCUCUACUCCCUGACGCUGGUCCUGGGGCUAGUGGGUAACGUGCUGGUCCUGGUGGUUCUGGUCCAGAGGAGGAGUAGCUGGAGCGUGACGGACACCUUCAUCCUGCACCUGGUCUUGACCGACACCCUGCUGCUGGUCACGCUGCCCCUCUGGGCUGUUCAGGCCACUGGGGAAUGGAGCUUCGGGACCCCCCUCUGCAAGAUCACUGGAGCCAUGUUCACAAUCAACUUUUACUGUAGCAUCUUCCUGCUGGCCUGCAUCAGUCUGGACCGCUACCUGUCCGUGGUCCACGCGGUCCAGAUGUACUCUCGCAGGAAGCCCUGGAUGGUGCAGGCCAGCUGCCUGUCCGUGUGGCUCCUCUCCAUCCUCCUCUCCAUCCCCGACUGGCACUUCCUGGAGUCUGUGAGGGACACCAGACGAGACAAACAGGAGUGUGUCCACAACUACCCGUCUCUCUCCCAGUCUGGGUUUGACUGGCGCCUGGCCUCCCGCCUGCUCUACCACACGGUGGGCUUCCUCCUCCCAUCUGCCGUGCUGCUCUUCUGCUACUCCUGCAUCCUGCUGCAGCUGCAGCGUGGCUCCCAGGGCCUCCAGAAGCAGAGGGCCAUCCGGGUCAUCCUGGUGUUGGUGCUGGUCUUCUUCCUCUGCUGGACGCCCUACAACAUCACCCUAAUGGUGGACACCUUUCAGGGGAGGCCUGGGGAGCCUGUUUCUGGGUCCUGUGAGAACAGGAGGACAGCUCUGGAGAACACUCUGGUGGUUACGUUCGCUCUAGCCUGCCUGCACGCUUGCCUCAACCCAGUGCUCCAUCUCGGCCUGUGUAGAAACUUCCGGCGACACGUGCUGGAUAUGGUGAGGUGUGUUGAGGUGGUGGAGAACGAUCCGAAACUCUCACUAUGGGAUUCAGGUGUGGUUGAAGACUCACCUGACCAAGCAGAGGAGAUGGGGACGUUGAACCCAAUGACAACCAUAGGACAGGUACAGUCCACCCAGAGCUGAUGGGUAGGAAGAGGAUCCUAAUGACUAAUAUAGUAUGUCUUCCUGCCUUGAGGGGAAGUUGUAUGGGUCAUGGGUCUGGGGAUUGGUGGAUGACUGUGACCUGGGUCAUGAGAGAAAGACAUGCAUAGUAGAAAGUCCCUUAUGAGGACUGCUUUCUUUGAAUUGCACUUUAAUGGAAAACGCUCAGACUAAAUGUAUAUUUGUUUUAAGUCAGUGGGUUGUCUGAUCUUCACGUUUUGUUUUACCUAUCGAUGUCGUCCGGCUCUGGAGAAUCUGUUGGAAAGAUUCAUGCAUUAGUUAUUCAAACCUAUAUCUAUUGUAUUAUUAUUAUUACAGAGCACUUCACUGAAUGUAAUGGAUUUUAGAGUAAACAACGUUCUCAGCAGACACAUACAUCAUACGUUUAGAUUGUUACACUCCCCUACAUAUUUAUUUGGAAAGUGAAGCUAAAACUUUUUAUGUGGCUCUAUACUCCAGCAUUUUGGAUUUGAAAUCAAAUGUUUUAUAUUUGUCACGUUCGUUAUAGUGAUGAGACCAAAGCGCAGCGUGAUUUGAGUACAUCUUUAAUAAAGAAAGAACACUGAACGAACUAUACAAAAACAACAAAAUGAACGUGAAGCUAUAUAAUAAUAGUGCUGACACAGGCAACUAACUAUAGACAGGACAAAAAACAUAUAUCACCCUUGUCACACCCUGACCUAACCAAAAAUAAUAAAGAAAACAAAGAAUACUAAGGUCAGGACGUGACAAUAUUAGACAGUACAGCAUGUCACCUUUUAUUUGAGCAUGUCACCUUUUAUGACUACAUCAAGCAUGUGACUCUACAAACUUGUUGGAUGCGUUUGCAGUUUGUUUUUGAUGUGUUUCAGAUUAUGUUAUGUCGAAUAGAAAUUAAUGAUAAAUAUUGUAUUGUUUCAUUCUGGAGUCACUUUUAUUAUAAAUAAGAAUAGAAUGUGUUUUCUUCUAUAUUAAAGUGGCUACCAUGAUUACGGAUAAUCCUGAAUCAAUCGUGAUUAGUGAUGAGUAAGAAAGUUACAGAUGCACAAAGAUCAUGCCCCCAAGGAAUGCUAACCUCUCGCCAUUACCAAUAACAGGGGAGCAUAGGAUUUUCUGUAUGAUAUUUCGGAUAUUUAUGAGUAUGAUUUUUAUAUAUCUGUAACUUUCUCACUCAAUAUUAUUCAGAUUCAUUCAUAAUUAUCUGUAUGAAGAAAUCCCAAACUUUUCUCACAGAAUAUUGAAGUUUUAGUAAGACUUGUGUAUGUUACUGUUCUAUUGUGUAACUAUAAUGUUAUUUUUUUCAAUUAUAUACUGUUAUUUUAUUUUUCCAUUACUGUAUAUAAUUAAUGAAUAAGAGUAUGUUUCCCUUUUUACAACAAUUGUUUCACUUUUGAUUUCCUCAAGUCGGUGUCACAAUAUCCUGUAAAUUGACCCACUCUGGGGAAGCCCAAUGUUGUUUUACCGUUUCUACUGGCUGGUUUUACCCUGUCUGACAGCAGCAUGAGACAGGGUUUCCAACUCCGUCCCAGGCUUGAGUUAAUUCCUUUGUUGCAACAGGCUGUUUAGGCCUUUGGCACGCCUGAUGACACACAGCCAUGGUUAGUGAUAUCAUUGGUCAGAUGUGGUGGGAGAGGGAGACAGUAAUAUUGCUCUUUGUGUCCUGUGCACUUUUCACGGGUCUGUGUCCUCCAUAUCCGUCUGAAUACACCACUGUUUGUUUUACUAAGAGAGGACUGUAAUGGGCAUUGUCAACCAGGUGAAACUGGGAGAAGGUAAGAUAAGAGGAAACAGAAAAUAAGGAGGUGGGGAGAGAUAGUGAAGGAGAUAUACUGCUGGUAUAAGCAGCUGCGGUUACCACGAGGGAAAUGUUUAUCCGCUUCUCUAGUGUUAGGCACCGCUCUUUUUCAUAUGAGAGCCAUGGUCCAAACAUAACAUGAGGUGUUGGAGACUUCUAGUUUGCAUGCAUAUUCUAGACUUCACCAGCAGUAGUUGUGCUACGCUGUGCCUGCCAGAAUAGUGCUUCAGUCAUAUUAAAUUAGUGGUGCAUGUCCAUCUCAAUAGUUUAGACUAAGAACACCUCCUGCUCUAAUCUCAUCUCCUCUCCUUCACUGAUCUGAAGACACAAGAUUAGCUUACUAAAAGAAACAUGGUUAUGCAUACAUACAGUACAUAUCCUAUGGCCCAACCUGGUCUCAGAGCAUUUCGUAUUACUUUGUAUUUAAAUUUGGGACGCUCAAUUUAUUAUGAUAUGUUAUGUUUAGUAUGGUAUGUAUUAAUAUGUGGAUGUCCAUCGCCCAUUUCGUAAGAUAUGUUACGAAUUAAAAUUCCUAUAUUGUUACGAA